AUGCCCACUGCUAUGUCGAGUGGAAUACCGGCUCAACUUGGCGGGGGUGUCUCUGCAUGUUCGCCGAUGCCCACUCAAUAUAUUGGCACACCGAACCCUGCGGCAGGUGUUGCAGCGAACCGAAUGGCUACAGUGGCUCAUCUGCGGUCUCCGGCCGGUGGUCGAGUGCGCACAAAAACUGUCAAAAAGGCUUCCCGGUUCAUCAUUGAACGGUUCUACGGCCGACUUACCCGUGAUUUUCAUACAAAUAAGAAAGUUUGUCAAGAUAUCGCCUGUAUCAACUCCAAACGACUGAGAAACAAAAUUGCGGGAUACGUUACGCAUCUGAUGAAGCGUUUGGAAACCGGGAAUGUGCGAGGUAUUAGCGUGAAAAUGCAGGAGGAAGAACGUGAAAGGCGCGACAAUUAUCAGCCAGAGAUUUCACAUUUCGACACCAUUGGUGCCGAGCUAGAUCCGGUUACGCAAGAAAUGUUGCAGAGCAUGAAUAUUCCGCAUGCGAAGAACCUCAGAGCAAUACAGCCACUCGUCAAGGCCUAA